CUCGAUUUGCUGACUUUGGGGUUAUGGUCGAAGCUCGGACGACUUACCCACUACGCCUUCGAUGCGGUCUUGUUUUCCGCCUUCCUCGCCGGAAUGAAGCGGUCGACUGGUCUGACUUUCAAAACAGACAAGGUCGCCGGUGACAACAAAGAAGUUACGAAGUGGGUAGACAAGUACCUCGGCGUUGGAGAAUGGGUGAUGGACCAGUCGGUCGCCAUCGCGGGCUCGAGCGGGUGGUUCGAAAGGACGAGGUAG